AUGAUUAAGUCCAAAAUAGUAGUAAGACUCGCGCAGAACCUUAAGUUCAUGAAAAGGGCCGACACACCCUCGAGGAUACACAGUAGCACCAAAAACUUAAGUUUCGCCAUUUGUAACAUACCAAACCAGUUUGUAAAGUAUAACCACUCAAAGCAGCUGUACAGGCAGGCCUCUGAGGGCGAAGGCGUGCAGAACUUAUGCAGCACGUCCCUGGACGUGAUGUACAAUAAGACAAGCUUCAACGUACUGCAGUCACAAACUAACAAUCUGCUAAGUCACGCGGGAAGCUUUAAGAUAGACGAAUUGUUGUUGUUGCUGUGCCCAUACGCAAUGUAUGUGGACUCAUAUAGCACCUGGUUCAAGGUGAACUACACGGAUUUUAACACGGCACUUGCCAUAUAUAACAGGCACCUGCUGUGUAACGUGUCAGACAUGUCAAUAGAGCAGAUGUACUUCAUGAUAGAGCUCUUCAGAAAACUGAGUAAGAGGUACCCGCAGUACGCGCUAACGGACUACCCGCUCCUCUCGAGUAUAAUAUCAAAGCUUAUCUUCUUCUCGGAGAACGUGCCGAGUCCGGGAGAGCCGCCCUCUAGAUUCCACAGCCUGCAGAGCAACAGGCUGAGCUCCGAAGUUAACUCCUACAGCACGACCCUGCAGAACGUGUACAACUGCUACUACCCGUACUUUAAAAUGAUAUACACGGGCUUCGAGCCGCUGAGGAAGUACACUGAGUACCUGACCAAGUCGUGCGCGCACGUCCAGAGCCUGAUCAUGGAGCAGAACUACACGGAGAUCCUGAAGCACUUCGAGGACCUGUGCGAGUCGCUGUCGAAGCUGAAGAGUCAGAAGUUCCUGAAGCUGGCGACGGUGGUGAGGCUGGCGACCAUAUUCGAGAGGAACGGCAAGCUGUACCCGGACAGGCAAAUCGUAAAAAUGCCAGACCUCGUGAACAAGCUGGCAAUAUCACUGCACUCGCUGACGAUACACAUGUACGUGGCCGGCGAGGACUCCCCGGCGCUCGGCGACGAGCAGUUCGUGGACGUGAUACUGAAGAUGUUCACCAAGGUGCUCGACACGGUGAGCAUCGCCGAGGUCAGCGACUGCCUGGCGUCUCUGCACGCAUCGGGCCACCUGAACGAGCAUCUGCUGAGGCUGUUCGUGCCGUACAUAGUGAACGACCUCAAAAACUCGCCCCUGAACGACCUGAUCAAGCUCAUGAUACAGCUCACAAACUACAAGUUCUACCACUGGCUCUUCUGGAUCACGCUCGCGCAGGGCAUACAGGUGAAGAAACUGAACCAGAUACGGGACCUCGAGCUGCUUAACGACUUCUACUCGUGCCUGACGCUGCAGAACCAGCGCCUGAUCGAGGCCAAGAACGUGGCGCAGGUGAACUCGCUGUGCUUCGUCCACGUUACGAAGCUGGGCGAGGACGACCGGGAGCCCACGCAGGAGAGCUACACGCCCAUAUACUCGAUCCUGACAGAGCUGUUUGACCUGAAGGACCCGGACCUGCAGUCGAUGGUGAACACGUACACGAAGCUGCUCUACGAGCUCGACGAGUACUUCAACCUGGACACGGUGGGAAGCCUCGAGAACAGCCAGCUUCUGGAGACGUUUUUGAACACGAGGACCAAGUUCAAAAACAUACAAGCAGAAAUAUAA